UAUUUGUCAAUGUCAGAGCUUGAAGCCUGCCCGAGCCCCGACCUCAGCAAUUCGCCACUUUAUUAUAUAAAAAAAACUAAUAAAAUAAAGGUUUUCGCAGAAAAAGUCCAUCAAAAUGGGUUUCGGCGAUUAUCCUCUGGAGUACAAUCCGAAAGUGCACGGGCCCUACGACCCUGCUCGUUUUUACGGAAAGGCCGAUACUCCACUGGCCCAAGUUAAAUUGAGCGAACUUGGUGCGUGGUUGGCCCGUCGCAACAAGAGCCCUCAGGCAAUGGUUGCAGCAGUCAGCAGAGCUUACUGGAGAUGGCAACACAAGUACGUCCUUCCGAAAAGGGCCGGAAUUGCUCCAUUCUUGCAAGCUACUGUCGGAACUAUGAUAAUAUUUUACACGCUUAACUACAAUAGAAUUACUCAGCACAGGAACUACAAAUACCACUAAUCCAGCAGAGAGGUCCUUCAUCAAGUAGUAGACUUUUAUUGUGCUAUUGAGCAACAAUUUUUUGUUAUAUUUAAAAUUUAUGCAUAAUAUACCAAUUUCUCGUCAAACAUAUUCCAAUUUGAAUUUUCUAUUAGAAUCCUAUUCAAUCCUGGGGCCAGA